CCCAGGACCCUGCAUUCACUAUAUCAGUCUAUUUCCCGUUACUGCAUUCAGAUCUAUGCUACACUGUUCCUGACCAUUAAAGUGUUACUAAACUCAGGACCCUGCAUUCACUAUAUCUGGUCUCCCCGGACCCUGCAUUCACUAUAUCUGGUCUCCCUGGACCUUGCAUUCACUAUAUCUGGUCUCCCUGGACCCUGCAUUCACUAUAUCUGGUCUCCCUGGACCUUGCAUUCACUAUAUCUGGUCUCCCAGGACCCUGCAUUCACUAUAUCUGGUCUCCCUGGACCUUGCAUUCACUAUAUCUGGUCUCCCCGGACCCUGCAUUCACUAUAUCUGGUCUCCCCCUGGACCCUGCAUUCACUAUAUCUGGUCUCCCCGACCCUGCAUUCACUAUAUAUCUGGUCUCCCUGGACCUUGCAUUCACUAUAUCUGGUCUCCCCUGGACCUUGCAUUCACUAUAUCUGGUCUCCCACAGUACACAGAACAUGGAAAUGCAAUUAUUUUAGUAAAGAUAAACUGCUAAAUACCUUUUCUCAUCAGUAGUAAGAGCAGUCUUGUGACUUCUAUCAGUGUCCAGCCGAGCACAUGUUAAAGCUUGUAGGAGGCGUUUUCAUUCUCUCACUGCCCUAUGAGAUUGCAUAACACCUGACCCUUUGUCUGGACAGUGCUGAUUGGCCCUGUGCUGGUCACAUGCACCCUCCCAAGAAAAAUAAAAACUCCUUAGCAGUACACAUCAAACUGGGCAUGUGUAGAGUGUUCCCAAUGCUGUGUUCUAUCAUGAGAUGAAAUGGGGAAAGUGGAAGAAGGGGAGGAUCAGAGAAGACAGGAUCAAACAUCCUUUUUACACAAUACAGAGGAUUAA